AAGUGAAGGCAGCGUGUGAGAGAAGUGGAGAUGCGCGGCGGAGAGCAGUUGUAGGGACAGCCUCGAGGAGUGGACUCUCUCGGAAUAGGAACAGGUCCGAAGCGCACUUUUCAACACCCCUCCCGUCAUCCGGCAACAAUAUGAUCCGCUCAAAUCUUAUGGACAUGCUUCAUUAUUCAAAGGACACUCGCAACGCAGCCCUGACGCACAGGACUUAACCGGCACCUCGCCAAUUUUUCAAACAAGAUCUGAAAUCGUCUCGUCUUCCCUUGCUGUCUGCAGAGCUUCUUGGUUGACAUCCGGAGCGGUUGGUUUGUCACAGGACCAGUGGCCAUCAGCGCUAGCAGCGGCAGAGCCAGAGGAGCAGUAGCGGCAGCAGCAGCGGUAGCAGGCUUAACGAAGCUAAGCACACUGUCACGCUGUCUGAGGGAGCACCCGCGCAGCACCGGCCCCCACCCGCCCGCCGUCUGAGGUGGUCGUCGGCAGUAGCCAGAGAGGAGUGACUGAGAGGGCCCACUCGAUCCUAACAGGCAGCUUCACUCCAGUAUGCUGUUGGCGUGUUAAGGAUGGAAGACUCGAGUUUGUGCCUUGGUGUGUCAUCAGGAGUGCCUGAUGCAGAAGCCCAUCUCAACAGUGCAGUUCUAAAUGGACGCUAUCCCAUCAGUCAGAAGCUUCACCAGCUCACUGCCCAACUAGGCCACGCCUUCCCCAACCUACACCGCCCGCAACCAAUUCCUGAGGAGAAGGCAGCUACACCUCUGGAUGAGAAAACCCACCACACUGCCCUGGCAAGUCAGCCAAUCAGCAGUCAGAUGGCACUUUUGGCCAAUCAGCUCAACCGAGACAUCGAUGCAGGUGCCUUAAGUGGGCUAAAUGGUCGGGUUGAUUUGCAGCAGUUCCUGAAUGGCCAGAAUUUGGGCAUAAUGUCCCAAAUGAAUGACAUCGAGGAUGAUGCCCGCAAGAACAGAAAGUAUCCCUGUCCACUGUGUGGCAAGCGCUUCCGCUUUAACAGCAUCUUGUCCCUGCAUAUGCGUACACAUACCGGAGAGAAGCCCUUUAAAUGCCCCUACUGUGACCACCGAGCUGCUCAGAAAGGCAACCUGAAGAUCCACCUCCGCACCCAUAAACUGGGCAACUUGGGGAAAGGGCGAGGCCGUGUGCGUGAGGAGAACAGGCUGCUCCAUGAGCUGGAGGAACGAGCUAUUCUCAGAGACAAACAGAUGAGAGGAAGUGGAAGUAUCAUCCCCACUCCCCCCACACCCCUCCUGGGUCUCAACAACAGCACCACCCAUCAGCCACAGCUCGGCUCAGCCUGUGGCCUGCUCCAGCCAUCGGGCCUGGGCACUCCAGAGACCCUGUCCCAGCCCUCCUCCUCACCAAAGCCCACCGGAGCUUUGGACGAUCAGCUGAACCCAGCCACAGGUUUCCGCUGUACCUUCUGCAAAGGCAAAUUUAAGAAGAAAGAAGAGCUGGAUCGUCAUAUCCGUAUACUCCACAAGCCCUACAAAUGUACUCUGUGUGAGUUUGCUGCCUCACAUGAAGAGGACCUGAUAAGUCAUGUUGAGAAGGCCCACAUCACCGCUGAGACUACACAGGGUGCGGGGUCAGGUGGAGCUGGAGGAACGCAGGUGGCCAAUGAGUUCCGCUGUGAUGUUUGUGGGCAGGUCUUCAGCCAGGCCUGGUUCCUGAAGGGCCAUAUGCGCAAACAUAAGGACUCUUUUGAACACUGCUGUCAGAUCUGUGGCCGUCGUUUCAAGGAACCCUGGUUUCUCAAGAACCAUAUGAAGGUGCAUCUGAACAAGCUUGCCAUCAAGAGUAAGCCCCCGCAGCCCAGUGAACAAGACAUGGCAGCAGUCAACAGUAUGGGCAAUCUGGCUCAGGAGGCCCAUGCUAACCUUUACUCUCGCUACAUCUCCUGCCUGCAAGGAGGCUUUCUUUCACCUGACAAGCAGGGCCUCAGUGAGCAACACCAAAUGCUGGCUAAAGCCGGAAUCGCUAUGAAAGAAAAAGAGAUGUUGGGAAAACUCCUGGGGCCGAUGGCAGCGGGCAUGGGCCACGGGCUGGAUGAGAAUGAAAAGCGUUCACUCCUCGGUUGUCUUAACCUGGUGCCCCCUCUCAAGUCCAGCUGUAUGGAGCGUCUUCAGGCUGCUGCAAAGGUGGCAGAGAUGGAUUCUCUCAAUAACUACCAGGCCUGGCAGCUGAUGGCUCGUGGCAUGGCUAUGGACAGAGCUUUCAUGCCCAAGGAGCAGCAUCCACACCAAAUGCACCCCGGGCAGGAGGAUGAGAAUAGUGGGUCUAUGGCCUAUUCUAAAGACAAACCAGACUACUCCAUGAUUGGUUCUACUGAUAGCUCCAAACAGAAGCUGUCUGAGGCCCUGCAAGGCUCCAAGCUCGGCAGCGGAGCUCUGAUGUCCAUGAAGGAAGAUGGCAGAGGCUUUGACAGUCACCGCGACCUUCUGUCACACCACGGUGCUGGAGAUGCACCUGCAGGCCUAGCUGGUUUAGGUGGCCCAAACUUAGACUUUGGCAUUUCCAACAUGAAGGAGAAACCCUCCGAGUGCCCUGACUGUGGCCGGGUCUUCCGCACCUACCACCAGAUGAUUGUCCACUCACGCAUCCACGGCAAGGACCGCAGGAGCAUGGAGGAGGCCCUGGACGAGCGCCGCGGGUCAGCCAGUGAUCCAGAGUCCCAGUCCAUUAGCCGAUCCACCACCCCCGGUUCCUCCAACGUCACCGAGGAGAGCGCCAUGGGAGGGGCCCACUCACAGACAGGCAGUGUCCAGGACGACAGCCCACACCCCUCGUCCCCAUCUUCAGAUGUUGGGGAGGACCUGGCGAAGGCGGCAGGGAACGCUCAGCCCCCCACCAUGGUUCCUGCCAACAACGCCCCAAACUCAGCGGUCGUAGUGCCCCAGCAUCGUGAGCGCGGCCUGGGAUCGUCCUCCAAGGAUUGCCCCUAUUGUGGGAAGUCCUUCCGCACCUCACAUCACCUCAAAGUCCAUCUACGGAUACAUACAGGAGAGAAACCCUACCGGUGCCCUCAUUGCGACUAUGCCGGGACCCAGUCUGCCAGUCUCAAAUACCACCUGGAGCGCCACCACCGCGAGCGCCAGAACGGGUCCGCCAGCUCAGGCCAGUCCAGCGGGCACAACUCUUCCAAUGACCAUAAAGACGACCACAGCAAGAACAGUGGAGGCAUCUUUGCUCGCCCAGAUGUCCUGAGAAAUGUUUUUAAAGGCAUGCCCCCCAACCUCGACUUCAGGGGGGGACCACUGCUGCCACACCAAUGGGGCUCCGGCAGCAUGAUGUCACCACACGACCGGGACCGCAUCGACCGCCAUUUUGACUCCUCCUCCAAUGAUAACAUGAAGCCGACCGACGGACCCUCACCUCUGGUCUCAUCGGAGAACCCGGCCAGCUUCUCUGACCUGAGCCGGGCCUACCAAAGCAUGAUCGGAAACGGAGUCCAUUUCCAGGGUUCCCUCCAGGCCUUUAUGGACAACUUCGUCCUCAGCUCCAUGAAGAAGGACCACAAAGACAGCUCCAUCCAGCUUUCGGCCCAGCGCUACCAUGAUAACGGUGAGCCCAAAGCCAAGAGGGCCUCCAUUGAGCAAGACAGGGAAGAGAAAGCUGAUGGCAAGCCCAACACACAGCCUGGGAAACCUGGCUCCCAGUAUGAACCCUUGGACCUGUCUGUGUCUGUCCGGCCUGAGUCUGCCUCUGGGUCCAUUCCUGGUGCUACACUCACCAUCCAUGACAAUGUGGCUUGGCAUGGCUGUCUCUUCUGCUCCUUCUCCACUCCCUCUCUGGAGCUCAUGGCCCUGCACCUUCAAGCCAACCACCUGGGAAAGGGCCACCCACAGAGAUCCGAAUCAGGCAGAGAGGCUUCGCCCACCAUGACUGGCAAGAACAUGUUUGACAAAGACGACGAUGGAGAGAAAGGCCCCGGAGGCUGGAACAACCACGUGGACCAGCCGUACAACCCAUUCCAGAGUGAUUUCUACAGGCGCUUUGGAGGCCUGUAUGAUGGAUCCCCCAAGGGUAACCAAGGCCUGCAGGGGUAUGGUCCUUCAGCUGAGGAGGGUGAUCUUCCCAACCCUGGCUUUCCAACUGGAGAUGAAGAGAUGGGUGAGAGGGGCUCUUCUGGUAUAGCUGAAGAUGCUAGGUCAGAUGAGGACGGUGCUAAGACCCCCAAGAGACGACAGGCGAACCAUUCCGAUGAUGAACUUGAAGAUGGCCGAGGCAUGAACGACGAGGACGGAGACAGGAAUGAGAACGGUCAAAUGGAGGAGGACGAGGAGAGGAGUCCCAGAUCGGACCAUCUCCAGAAUCACAACAAACACGACAACCCAAGAAGUGGCGGCACUCUGGGGGGCAUGAACCCACUUUCCCUGAACCAAGGCCUUCCGUUGGACAAGCAGUGGCAGUCGGGCCUGGGUCUCUUGUCUCCGGGCAGUGCUCCACCUUCUGGACACCUGGAGCAACAGAUGAACAUGCUGUCAGUCCUGCGAGCCUACAGCAACGACAACAUCCCGGCGUUCAACGGCCUGGGAGGCGGUGCGGGAGGGGCGUCCGUGGGGGGAAUGAAGAGGCCAGAUGCAUCCGUGCAUCUGUGGGGAGGAGAGGACGACCAGCAACCCAUGGCCCAAGACCCCAACAACCACCUUAACAACAACUGCGAUCUCCCUAACAACCUCCCUAACAACAGUAACCUAGGCGACCCCGACGCUGUACACAAAGACUAACCACCCUCGGACCUGUGCAGAGGAGGAUGAGGAGGCUGGAGGUGAUGAUGAUGAUGAUGAAGGCUGGUGAAGUGAAGGAACACACUAUUGAAAAAAAACAAACAAACAAACAAAAAAAAAAAAACAUUAUUUAAAUCACACAUACUACCGUCAAUGUCCGAGGAGAGGAUGGAAAGUUGUGACUGGGGGACAGUUUCCGGGGGGACUCUUUUGUGCGCCGGACCUAUAGUGACUUUUGAAGGACACUAAAAAGUAACUGCAGCUUUUCUUUCUUGUUUCGUCUCCUGUGGUUUGGAUGCCCCCCCUCGUCUUUGCGGUUCUUCCUAUGAUACAAUGUUUUUAUUUUACUUUCUAGUGGCACUAUUCGAUUAGCACUUCACGUAUUAAACCCCACGAACUUUGAAACAUUCCUAGGACCCUUUUUCCUAUUUUCAAAACAUUUCAAAAUGCUGAUCAUGAAAACGGACUUGGGUAUCCACGGAAUUCCAUUGUAUUUGAAUUGAACUUGGAAUGUAUUAAAAAAGACUGUUGACCAAGACCAAGCACAUUGUGGCUUCUACUAUCUCCCAUUGAAAUGAAUGGACAGACGACAAUCUGCGCUCCGAUUCGGAAUCACAUGGAAUAGCUGGCAGUUUGCAUAACAAUAGCGAUGUUUAGCUUUUUGAUGAUGCUGUUAAGAUGAAGGAAAUGACUAUUGAAACUGCCCUACGUGUAAAUAGAGUGUUAUAACCAGGUCAAAGAUGGCCGCUAUCCGAUAUAUGAAGUCUUUCACUUGUACAUAGAGAGAUUUACGGUAGUGCAAAACAUACGAAGAAAACACAACGGAACAUUUUGAGUCAUCCGUGGAGAGAAGAAGUGACAGUAGUUUACACGGCCAAGUCGUCGAUAGAUAUCAACAAAAACAAAAGAUAAAAAAUCGUCUCAAAAAACGAAAAAUUGUUGGUUUCUUGGCCAUCGCUCAUGUCGAAAAAAACCUCAAGGACAUCUGUAAGAUACUGCCACCGUUCAUUGUUGCACAGUGUUACUGACUACUGAAAACUGGUUUGAUGUAUUUACUUUACGGAGAGAUCAAAAAAUGUCAAAAAACAAACAAAAAACUGGAAAAAUAUUGUGUAUAGCCUUAGAUACGAGUCAUCUGUUACCGCUUCUACGAAAAAAAAGCUAUGUAGUCGUGCUAGACCUUAGAACUUAGAAUUUUCUUUCUUUUUUUUUUUAUAUAUGUACUGUACAUUAAUGCCUUCUUCCAUGUAUCGAUCAACGAAAAAAUCGAAAAAAAUAUGACAAUCGUCUUCUGUGCUGCAAGCAUAUUCGCCCCCAUAUAUACAAACACCAUUUAUGCAUAGAGGGACUUCUUUCAAUGUUUUUUUGGGUUCUCUGAGGUAUUUUGCACUGUGACGGUAUUAUAAAUCCAACUUAUACAGUACAAAACUAGCUAACUAACUAAACUGAAGGUGUGUGUUUGUGCGUCCCUUUGGCAUUGUGAACGUCAUUUUUUGUGAGGAAAAAAAUAUUAAUAUUAAAAAAAGAAAAAAAUUCCAAUGCGGCGUGUAUAGUCCAAAUUUUCCACUUCUAUAAUAUUCUAUGUGGCUUUGACAAAUUGUUACGCCAUUUUAAUUUUUCAUUUUGUAUGCAAAUCCUCUGAUCUGCGAAUUCAACUUUUUUUUUUCUGCCGUAAAUAUCAUAUCUGAUUUAUAUAUAUAUAAAGACUAUCUAAUCAUUUCCGUAUGCCAAGAAGGGGAUUCCAUCUAAAGUAAUAGAGUGUAUUGUAACAAUGUGUUGGAAUGUGUAUGGAUGUAUGGGGUUCUGGAAAUAUAACGGUUUGACCAAUCUGAUCUGUCAACCUUUUACGGUAUUUUCCAGUUAAGAGAAUUAUGGCCAGAGUCUGUAUAGCUUGGGCUCUUUUUUCCAUCUCUAAACCAGCUAAAAUGAGCAUUCCACUCCUCAUGUUAUGUACAAAAGCGUCUUGUGAGCUCAACACUUUUCUGUUUUGCUGUAUUCUCAUGGCAGAUGCUUCGUUUUGUAACUACUGAA